GAAGUUCAAAAUGGCGGAAAUCUUGAAUGUAACAGAUCCUUCAAAUCCAGUCGUAUUUUUUGAUGUGACGAUUGGAGGACAGGACGUUGGACGAAUGAAAAUGGAAUUGUUUGCGAAUGUCGUYCCAAGAACAGCUGAAAAUUUUAGGCAAUUUUGUACAGGAGAAUACAGGAAAAAUGGUCUUCCCAUUGGCUACAAAGGUGCCACAUUUCAUAGAGUCAUCAAAGAUUUUAUGAUUCAAGGUGGGGAUUUCAUACAGGGAGAUGGUACUGGAGUAUCAAGUAUAUAUUCAGAACAACCAUUUGCAGAUGAAAGCUUUAAACUAAAACAUGAUAACGCUGGUCUUCUAUCCAUGGCGAAUAGUGGACCCAAUACAAAUGGAUGUCAGUUCUUUAUAACUUGUACCAAGUGUGAUUUCCUGGACAGUAAACAUGUGGUAUUUGGAAAAAUAGUUGAUGGCUUAUUAGUUAUGAGGAAAAUUGAGAACGUCCCUGUUGGUCCAAAUAAUCGCCCUAAGUUACCUGUACUGAUAUCACAAUGCGGAGAAAUGUAACUUUYAUUGAUAUACAGCAUUGUAAAAUAUAAACUAUACUCAGUUACUGUCAGUAACAAACAUUUAUGUAAAGAACAAUAAACGGUGACUUUCUGUUCAGAAAGGCCAGCUUUUAAUUACA